AUGGCCAUGCAGGUCGCGAACGGCAACGGCGCAGGAGGGGAGCUGGCUAAGAAUGGCGAUGGUCAGGAAGGUGGCUUCAAGCUCAAAUUUUGUACUGUCUGCGCCAGUAAUCAGAAUAGAUCCAUGGAAGCACAUCUAAGGCUAUCCCAGGCCAACUACCCAGUCAUUUCCUUUGGAACAGGUUCUCUUGUUCGAUUACCAGGCCCAACAAUCACGCAGCCCAACGUAUAUCAGUUUAACAAGACCUCGUAUGAUAGCAUGUAUAAGGAGCUCGAGUCUAAGGACCCCCGGCUCUACAAGGCGAAUGGUCUGCUCAACAUGUUGGAGCGCAACCGCAACGUGAAAUGGGGACCUGAGAGAUGGCAGGACUGGCAUGUCGGCUUCCCGAGGCUCCAGCAUUCCACCGAUAAGGGAAGCGAUGGUACCGAGGCUGGCAUCGUAGAUAUUGUUUUCACUUGCGAAGAAAGGUGUUGGGACGCCGUCAUAGACGACCUUCACGCCCGCGGUGCUCCUCUGAACCGACCUGUCCAUGUCUUCAACGUUGAUAUCAAGGAUAACCACGAAGAGGCUUUAGUGGGCGGUCGAGGCAUCCUCGAUCUGGCCAACUCGCUCAACCAAGCUGCAAAGGAGGAGCGGGAGCGGGCUGGCCACACUGCCUUUGACAGUGGUAGCGCCUCUGCACGAGCGAGCUUUGAUCAAAGGGUCCCGGAAAUCCUGGGAGAGUGGCAGGAUAGAUGGCCCAAUCUUCCCGCCAUCUGGACUCUGGCUUGGUUCUAA